GUGUGAGGCAGCCGCGCCGCACACCCAGCCCGUCAGUAACCGUCGCUGCUGCUGGGGAGGAGGAGGAGGAGGCGGCGGCGGAGGAGGAGGAGGUGGCGGCGGCGAGAGAUUCUCCCACCCCCACCCACCGAGCUGAGGGAGUAUGACGUCUGCAACAUCACCUAUCAUUUUGAAAUGGGACCCCAAAAGUUUGGAAAUCAGGACUCUCACAGUAGAGAGGCUAUUGGAGCCACUUGUUACCCAGGUAACAACGCUUGUUAACACAAGCAAUAAAGGACCAUCUGGCAAAAAGAAAGGGCGCUCUAAGAAGGCUCAUGUGUUGGCAGCUUCAGUAGAGCAGGCAACUCAAAACUUUUUGGAAAAAGGAGAUCAAAUUGCUAAAGAGAGCCAGGAUCUCAAGGAGGAAUUGGUGGCUGCUGUAGAGGAUGUACGCAAACAAGGAGAAACAAUGAGAAUUGCCUCUUCGGAGUUUGCUGACGACCCAUGCUCCUCAGUGAAACGGGGCACCAUGGUGCGGGCUGCUCGUGCCUUGCUAUCUGCUGUCACCCGCUUACUCAUCCUGGCUGAUAUGGCUGAUGUCAUGAGGCUUCUAUCACAUCUGAAAAUUGUAGAGGAAGCACUAGAAGCAGUGAAAAAUGCGACAAAUGAGCAAGACUUAGCGAAUCGCUUUAAAGAAUUCGGAAAAGAGAUGGUAAAACUGAACUACGUAGCUGCUAGACGACAACAGGAACUGAAAGAUCCUCACUGCAGGGAUGAAAUGGCUGCAGCUCGAGGUGCUCUGAAGAAGAAUGCCACUAUGUUGUAUACUGCAUCCCAAGCAUUUCUCCGUCACCCUGACGUUGCAGCCACUAGGGCCAACAGAGACUAUGUCUUCAAGCAAGUACAAGAAGCAAUUGCUGGUAUCUCCAACGCUGCCCAGGCCACCUCACCCACUGAUGAGAACAAGGGGCACACUGGCAUAGGAGAGCUUGCUGCUGCACUAAAUGAAUUUGAUAACAAAAUUAUUUUAGACCCAAUGACUUUCAGUGAGGCCCGCUUCAGACCAUCUCUUGAAGAAAGGCUGGAGAGUAUCAUCAGUGGAGCAGCACUGAUGGCAGACUCUUCAUGCACGCGAGAUGACCGCCGGGAACGAAUUGUAGCCGAGUGUAAUGCCGUGCGGCAGGCCCUGCAGGAUCUGCUCAGCGAGUAUAUGAAUAAUACCGGAAGGAAGGAGAAGGGGGACCCACUCAACAUUGCUAUUGACAAGAUGACCAAGAAAACACGAGACCUUCGAAGACAGCUACGGAAGGCAGUAAUGGAUCAUAUAUCGGAUUCAUUCCUCGAGACCAAUGUCCCGUUACUGGUUCUCAUUGAGGCUGCAAAAAGCGGUAAUGAGAAAGAAGUGAAGGAGUAUGCUCAGGUCUUCCGUGAACACGCCAACAAGUUAGUUGAGGUUGCAAAUCUGGCCUGUUCAAUCUCGAAUAAUGAAGAAGGCGUGAAGUUAGUCCGUAUGGCAGCAACGCAGAUUGACAGUCUGUGCCCACAGGUAAUAAAUGCUGCGCUCACAUUGGCUGCCAGACCCCAGAGCAAAGUAGCACAGGACAACAUGGACGUCUUUAAAGAUCAGUGGGAGAAACAAGUGCGGGUUCUUACUGAAGCUGUCGAUGACAUCACUUCGGUGGACGAUUUCCUCUCUGUCUCAGAAAACCAUAUUCUGGAAGAUGUGAAUAAGUGCGUGAUUGCUCUCCAAGAGGGGGAUGUCGAUACACUGGACAGAACUGCGGGUGCCAUCCGAGGCCGUGCAGCCAGAGUUAUUCACAUCAUUAAUGCAGAGAUGGAAAACUAUGAAACUGGGGUUUAUACUGAGAAGGUACUGGAAGCUACCAAACUGCUCUCUGAAACUGUUAUGCCACGUUUUGCUGAACAAGUUGAGGUUGCCAUUGAAGCUUUGAGUGCAAAUGUCCCACAGCCAUUUGAAGAGAAUGAGUUCAUAGAUGCCUCCCGCUUGGUUUAUGAUGGAGUUCGUGACAUCAGGAAAGCCGUUCUGAUGAUAAGGACCCCUGAAGAGCUGGAGGAUGAUUCAGACUUUGAGCAGGAAGAUUAUGACGUUCGCAGCCGAACAAGUGUUCAGACUGAAGAUGACCAGCUUAUUGCUGGCCAGAGUGCAAGGGCUAUCAUGGCUCAGCUUCCCCAGGAGGAGAAGGCUAAGAUUGCCGAGCAGGUAGAGAUAUUCCACCAAGAAAAGAGCAAACUGGAUGCAGAGGUGGCCAAGUGGGAUGACAGUGGUAAUGACAUCAUUGUGUUGGCGAAGCAGAUGUGCAUGAUUAUGAUGGAAAUGACAGACUUUACUAGAGGUAAAGGCCCCCUGAAGAAUACAUCAGAUGUCAUUAAUGCAGCCAAGAAGAUUGCAGAGGCAGGAUCAAGGAUGGACAAAUUGGCACGGGCAGUAGCUGAUCAGUGCCCCGACUCAGCCUGCAAACAGGAUCUGCUAGCCUACCUUCAACGCAUUGCCCUCUACUGCCACCAACUCAAUAUCUGCAGCAAGGUGAAGGCAGAAGUUCAGAACCUGGGAGGAGAACUUAUUGUAUCAGGGCUGGACAGUGCCACUUCUCUCAUCCAGGCAGCUAAAAAUCUGAUGAAUGCUGUAGUCCUUACAGUGAAAGCAUCGUAUGUGGCUUCUACUAAAUAUCAGAAGGUCUAUGGUACUGCUGCAGUGAACUCACCAGUUGUAUCUUGGAAGAUGAAGGCCCCUGAGAAGAAACCUCUAGUAAAGAGAGAAAAACCAGAAGAAUAUCAGACAAGAGUGAGAAGAGGGUCCCAGAAGAAACAUAUUUCCCCUGUACAGGCCUUAAGUGAAUUUAAAGCUAUGGAUUCAUUCUAAACCACUAAGCUUUACCACGAGGGUUUUAUAUUCUUUUUGUAUGCAUACCUGCCGACUUGUAUGCGUCUGGCAUGGGGUGGGGGGAAGCAGUGUCAAUUUGCAUGCAACCUGAGACUCUAUUGAAGUAACUAACUUUCUGCAAUGCCAAAAUUUAGGGCGUUCUCUUCUGAUGUUAAAUGGACAUAUUCCAAGCUUACUUUUUAAACUAAACUAUAGCAUUCAAUUGGCCAAAGAAUUUGCAUCACAGGGGUACGUGUGGGUUAAAUAAUAAAUUCAAGUCUAAACCCCAAAAUUUUUAUGCAUGCAAGAAACAUUAGGUUGGCAGGUAUAUUAAAUGAAAAAAAAAAAAAGGAAUUGUAACGGUAGACCAUAAAGCUUGUAUUGCUUCUGUUCCAGUGCAAAAAUGUACUAGCCAAUAUGCUUAAAUGUGUGGCCCAAUAAUUAAAUGAUAUAACUUUUAAGUCAUCUUCAUUAUAGUAUGUGAAUUUUUAAAACAGAUACAAACUAAUUCAUCCAAAAAACGCUUCUUUUAAAACAUAUUUUGUUCUUUAUAUUCUAGUAGUGUUAUGAUUGCUCACAUUUAAAUUAAUCCCAUUAAUAUGACCAGAGGUUUACUUUUGCCAAUUGAAUUCCUUAUGGUGGAGUAUGAAGCACAAUAUGGUGAUUGACAUUGCCUUUUAUAUUAUUAUUAUUAUUAUUAUUAUUAUUAUAAUAUUAGUAAUAGAAGACCUGGUGGUGGAAUGUUUAGAGACACGGAAACUGACAGUGUGAGAAUUUAGAGGCAAAUAUGUAGGUGUAGCUUGGAUUACAGGUAUCUGACAUACCAUUGUAACCACUAACUCAAUAAACUCAUUUAACCUUGGAAUCCUCAAUAUGACGUGUCUGUUUUAAUGCACAGAUAUCUCCUGCAUCAUAGUUGAUGUAGACAGUGAGUAAGUUUGCCUCAUGCUUUUUUUUUUCCCUUUUUUUUGUAUUGUUGUGAAGGAAAGAUAACGUUGCAUUAAUUUUCUAAUUUUUUAUAACCAGGGUAGCCAAACAUGGUCAGUGGGUCAAAAACAGUGGGUCAAAAACUGAGACAGAUUUAAACUUCAAUAUGUGAGACAUACGUGUCAUGUGGGAUGAAAUUGUUUGAAUAAAACACCUCAGAAACAUCAUAAAGAUAGUUCAUUUUAUUAACCUGAUAAGGGUGCCAUCUCGAAACCUUGGAAACUGUCUAUUGUGACACACUGUAUAGACCUGUAUAAAGACGACCAUGCAAAGAAAUGCA